CGUUCGGCUUCAACACAGCGAUAGCAGCGGAGAGAGUUGACAGACUACCGGGGGAGGAGAAGAGACGAUUAGUGUGUCUGCCUGCGGGUGAUCCGCUUGUCCAGCAGGUGGACACCAUGAACUAUGUGGGACAGCUGGCAGGCCAGGUGCUGGUGACAGUAAAGGAGUUGUAUAAAGGGAUAAAUCAGGCCACUCUCUCAGGCUGUAUUGACGUGAUUGUUGUCCGACAACCUGAUGGGACAUUCCAAUGCUCCCCUUUCCAUGUCCGCUUCGGAAAACUGGGGGUGCUGCGUUCCAGGGAGAAAGUGAUUGACAUAGAGAUCAAUGGAGAACCUGUGGAGCUUCACAUGAAGCUUGGAGACAAUGGAGAGGCCUUUUUUGUCCAGGAGACAAAGCAGCAAAAUGAGAUUGUCCCUGCCCACCUUGUGACCUCUCCCAUCCCUUCAGUAGAGGCUCUGUUCAGGAGCAGAGAGGCCGGAUGUGGGGAAUCAACAUCAGAGACCAGUCAACCUCCUGGUCCAGAGGACCAAGCCUCUGGAAACAUCCCUUUGAGCGCCAACUCUGGCAGCAAGAAGAAGAAGAGGCGGAGGAGGAAGCACAAAGGUGAGCCACGCAAGGAGGAGCAAACAAGUGCAAGUGGGGAGCAAGAGAUGUGUGAGCUCAGUUCAGAUGAGGAGCACAAUGCACACAAUGGACGAUCAUCGUCACUGUCUGUAGUGAAGGACAAUAUGGACCACAGGCAGCAUUCCCCUCUCACAGCUCUUGAAUGGGACAGCUAUCCUUUCUCUGAUGGAGACUGGUCUCCCUGCACUAUGGAUGUGUCUGAACCCAUGUCACCUAAAAGUGACUCAGAGCUGAUGGUGAAGCCGACAGAGAGCAUGCUCAGGGCUGAGUCUCACAUGCAGUGGACCUGGGGAGGGUUUCCAGAAUCUACAAGGGUCAACAAAAAGGACAAAUCAGAGCCAAAGAUGCUGGCCAUCACUCCCUCAGAGAACACACACUUCAGGGUUAUUUUGAGCUCAGAAGCCAUGGAAGAAGAGUCAGCAGCAGUACAGAGAUCUACAGAUCCCAUCUGCCAUAUCGUGAAACCGGAACCUCGGACCAUCAAACCUGAUCAGUGCAGCUGCAUCCCGGAGCCCCCUAAAGCUUCAUCAGCCAUUACCGAACCUAAGCCAAGCCUUUCUCAUGUUAUGUUGAGCAGCUUCCCCUCUGAGCCUAGUCUCAACAAUUUUGACCGUAGCACAAAAAAUGUUCGUAAAACCAGAUGGACAUCUUCCCCGCCCAACCGCAGGGACAGCAGCUCUGUUAGCAGUGGAGGAAGCAAAGAGGCUGGAGACCCUGCAGCUGUUUGUCCAGAGUCAAAAGCCUCUUCUACAUCUACCGACUCACCCAUCAAGAGGAGGGUUGUGAGGAAGAGGAGCCAACAUCAGGGGCCUGAAGAUAUUUACCUGGAAGACCUGAAUGCUCUUGAACCUGAUGUGGCUGCUCGAUACUUCCCCAAAAGUGAGUCUGAGCAGGUUUCUAAACACUGGGUGGAGCCAGGAAGGCGCUCUGGAUCCCAGUCGCCCCAGUCAGUGGGCAGCGCCGCAGCAGACAGUGGAACCGAGUGUCUGUCUGACUCUGCUGGUGAUCUGCCCGACGUUACGCUGUCACUGUGCGGAGGUGUGGGUGAGAAUUCAGAGAUCUUAAAAGAAAAAUUCAUGGAGCACAUAAUUACCUACAAUGAAUUUGCAGAUAAUCCUGCAGUUAUUGACAAUCCCAAUUUAGUUGUCAGAAUCGCAGACCGAUAUUACAACUGGACACUGGCAGCACCGUUGAUACUUAGCAUGCAAGCUUUUCAAAAGAACUUGCCAAAGGCAACAGAGGAGGCCUGGGUUAAGGAGAAAAUGCCAAAAAAGCCUGGACGGUGGUGGUUCUGGAGAAAGAGCAGCACAAAGCAGUUAUCAUCUGAAACCAAGUUGGAGAGACAGGAGUCUAUGAGCAGAGAUAGCCCUGCCCUCCACAAGGCCCCAGAAACACAGCAAAAAGCUGCCGAUUGGUCCAGCGACGAUGAGACUAAGGAGCUCAUUGCUGUGGCUCCUGCUCAGACGCCCACCGAACGUGUACAGACAGAAAGUUCAGCCCCAGCAGCAUGUCACUCUUACAAGAAGUCACUCCGCCUGUCUUCUGACCAGAUAGCCAGCCUGAAGCUGAGAGACGGACCAAAUGAUGUCACUUUCAGUAUAACCACUCAGUACCAGGGAACAUCCCGCUGCGAGGGGACCAUCUACCUGUGGAACUGGGAUGACAAGGUCAUCAUCUCUGACAUUGAUGGCACCAUCACAAAAUCGGAUGUGUUUGGUCAGAUUCUGCCUCAGCUCGGUAAAGACUGGACUCAUCGAGGAAUCGCUAAGCUUUACCACUCAGUGCACGAGAAUGGCUACAAGUUCCUGUACUGUUCGGCCCGAGCAAUCGGCAUGGCUGAUAUGACUCGAGGAUAUUUGCACUGGGUGAAUGACAGAGGGACUCUACUGCCUCAAGGACCCCUCAUGCUCUCCCCAAGCAGCCUCUUCUCUGCUUUCCACAGAGAGAUCAUAGAAAAGAAGCCUGAGAAGUUCAAGAUCGAAUGCCUCACAGACAUCAAGAACUUGUUUUUCCCAAACACACACCCCUUCUAUGCUGCCUUUGGAAACAGAGAGAGUGAUGUAUUUGCCUACAAGCAUGUGGGUGUGCCUGUGUGCCGGAUAUUCACAGUGAAUCCCAAGGGGGAGUUGAUCCUUGAGCAAGCAAAAGGCAACAAAACAUCAUACAGCCGGCUGAGUGAGCUGGUGGAGCACGUUUUUCCUUUGCGAAGCACACAGCACAGCGCCACCUUUAGCUGUCCAGAGUUCAGCUCCUUCUGUUACUGGAGACAGCCGAUCCCUCAAGUGUGCUUUGAGGAGCUGCUGUAACUCAGUGGUGAUCUUUUGUGAAAGUGUGCACUGGUUUUACUCUUAAUGUUCUAGGCUGCUGGGGAAAAAAAUAUUGUCUUGAAUAUGUUCAGAUUAAAAGGAAAAGCUUGAAGUAUUGUGUUCCAAAUGUUAAAAAAAAAACCCAUAAACUUCUUUCUAAGAGUUUGUUCUCUUUGUAUUCAUGUAUGCAGAGUUUUUUCUGACU